CCCGACUAUAGCAAUAAGUUUUCCAUUAACGUUGCAUAUCAAAGGAAGCACAACACAAAUUAAAACAAAAUGAAAUCGGUUAUCUUUUUCGCAAUUUUGGCUUUAACUUUUGCCUGCGUCUUGGCCUGUGAUCCGGAUGGCAAUAAUGAACCUCAAUGUUCAAGCAGCAAUUUGAAUGUACCCAUUCGUAACUUCUGGGACCCUACUCGCUACUGGUUAUGUACAGCUGCCGGUGCUGCUGCUGAGUCGGUACGUUGUCCCGAUUCAGAAGGUUUUGAUUCUGCUAAGGGUGCAUGUGUACCAUUCGACCAAUGGGUAUGGACCCCACCUUGUCCUGAAGCAUCCGCCUAAAUAUAUGAUUUGUCAAUGAUAUUGAAAAUUAAUAAAAUCUGAUAGAAAAUAAUAAAGCUUAAAAAUGUUAUGCAUUAGUAAAA